CUCUUUGCGAGAAUAAACACUCUUUGGGCGACGUCACUUCCGGCGUCGGCUAACGGGAGAUAAGAGCAUAUUUACGCCGCCCUCGGAAGAUAACCCCACCGACACUUCAUGUCGUAAUAUAUAUAUACACAUAUAUGUAUAUAUCCCAAACUGGGAGGGUGGCUUUGUUUACUUUGGCGUGUUUUUGUCCCGGCGGCCCGCCAAAAGACACGUCAGCGUCUCUCCGUGCGAUGCUAGCAGCUGUUAGCUCGUUAGCUAGCGCCUGUUAGCCUGCUCGCUAGCUAGCGCUUCCUUCCUUUGCAGCAGUGGACGAGACGCUCUGGGCGUGAUGGCGGAUGGCAUCAUGAGCAAGGCCGCCACCAUGGAGAUCCCCAUCAACCGCAACGGCAACACGGGGACGCUGCCCGAGGACGACGGCCUGGAACAGGCUGCUAAGCUGCAGUGGCGUUUAGAUGAGAAGGUAGGAAGCUGCCGAGGCGCCAGGGACCUGCAGCAGGUGAUGGUGUCGGGUCCAAACCUCAACGAGACCAGCAUCGUGUCCGGGGGCUACGGGGGCACGGCGGAGGGAAUCAUCCCCACCGGCUCCAUCAAAGGCCCGGCUGUGCGCUACAACGCCGACUUUAACAAACGGAUCCCCGUCACAGGACUAGGUCCCAGCAUGCAUCACAGCAGCAGCAGCUCCUCCAUGACCGCGGAAGAUGCAGGCCGAGGCGUGGCGGUGGAGAAGCUGGAAACGGUGAAGAAGUGGGGUCUCAACACCUACAAGUGCACCAAGCAGAUGAUCUCGGAGCGUUUCGGCCGCGGAUCCCGGACGGUGGACCUGGAGCUGGAAGCCCAGAUCGAGCUGCUGAGAGACACCAAGCGCAAAUACGAGAACGUGUUGCGACUGUCCCGAGCACUGACCAACCACUUCUACAACAUGGUGCAGACACAGCACGCCCUGGGGGACACCUUCGCCGACCUCAGCCAGAAGUCCCCUGAGCUGCGGGAUGAGUUUGGCUACAACGCAGAGACCCAGAAGCUCCUUUGCAAGAACGGUGAGACUCUCCUGGGCGCCAUCAACUUCUUUGUUUCCAGCAUUAACACGCUGGUCAACAAGACCAUGGAGGACACCCUCAUGACCAUCAAGAUGUACGAAAACGCCAGGUUGGAGUACGACGCCUACCGGUCGGACUUGGAGGAGCUGAGCCUGGGCCCCAGGGACGCGGCGGGCGUGGCCCGAAUAGAUGCGGCGCAGCAGCACUGCCAAGUCCAGAAGGACAAGUACGAACGACUCCGCUCGGACGUCACCAUCAAACUCAAGUUCCUGGAGGAGAACAAGGUGAAGGUGAUGCACAAGCAGCUCCUGCUCUUCCACAACGCCAUCUCCGCCUACUUUGCCGGCAACCAGCAGCAGCUGGAGCAGACGCUCAAGCAGUUCAGCAUCAAGCUGAAGCCCCCGGGGGCCGACAAGCCCUCCUGGCUGGAGGAGCAGUGAGACGGGAGGGGGGGUGCGCCUCCUCCUCCUCCUCCUCCUCCUCCUCCUCGCUUUGGU